GGGAUAAUUCAUGUCAAGUAGAUGAGAGCUAUGGCGAAAACUUUAGGUGUUUAAAAAGAUCGACUAAGUGCCCAUUUUGAGGCUUGGGACAUCUAUUUUCAAAUGCCAUGUGCGCCUUUUUUGGGCACCAACAAUUUCGGCCACAACUCUUAUCCACUUGCCAUGGAUUAUCACAGAUCUUAUACUAAACAACUGAGCAUCAGUGAAUGUAUUGAAUCGAUUUACAAAUUUGCAAAAUAAUUAUUAAUAUGGAUCUGUCUUCACAUUAUCUACAUGAACCAUGUUAAUAGCAUUUUCCUGUU